CAUUUUGUUGCAAUUCAGACGGAGUCGGGAGAGAGUAGUGGCGUCCUCACGGCCACUUUUAACACCACGUAAGCUUCGAGAGGAGACGGAUUUGUGGGGAAAUAUAGCUCGCUGUGCUUCCUACGCAGUCCGCCGACGGAUUCCAAAGGCUAUUCUCACGCUGUAUUUUUUUUCUCUGACGAAGGGCUUCAUCUACCAAGCCCGAGGAAGUCGGUCUUCGACGACUUCUUGGAGCAUCGUGUGUCGGGGGUGAGUUGAUGUUCAGCUCGGCUCCACGGCAAAACAACGCUCAUUGGCACAUGAAAACCUUAGAUCUUGCUGGACAUAGACGUGCAGUGAGAAGUAGACUAAGAACUACUUCGAGGACCUGGGGCCCGAUUGGAGGCGAAAGAUUGAAGAGAGAUCUCUGCUUUCUGACAACAAAGAGGUGACACGCAUUGCAGCAGCAUAAUGGGAGGUGGAGAGAGGUACAACAUUCCAGUUUCCCACCCUGAGCGCCCUCUGACCAAGAAGAACCACCAACUUGGUCGGGCAAAGCAGAGAAGCCGUGACCAGAACGGAGCAGCAAUCUCAGCAGGAGGGGUAGGGGGCCUUCACCACCAUGGCCACCGCCGGAGCGACAAAGGCGCUGCCUACCACAGGUCUCCAGAGGCGCGGCAGGCCGUGUCUGCAGAGAAGAGUGCUUCUGUCCGUUUUGCCACCAACUAUGAUCAGAACUGGGAGGGUGCGGUGUCUCACCUUAACACGCUCCUGGCCACCCAGGGGAGUCCGAGCUAUGCAGGGCCUAAAUUCAGCGAGCCACCCUCACCUAGCGUGUUGCCUAAACCCCCCAGUCACUGGGUGUCCUUCCCAAUGGGCUCCUGUGACAACCGGGAGAUGAUGGCCUUCCAGCUCAAGAGUCUCCUCAAGGUGCAGGCCUGAGAGUGGUACCCUCACAUGAUCGUUUAAAAAAAGCCAAUGAACUGGGACUCUUAAAGGGCACGCACCCACCAGGAACACCUCAGUGCUGUAACGCUUUUAGCUGUUUUUAGAUUGACAUUCUUAAGUGUUUGGAAGCAUUUGCAGCAAUCUUUGCUGUGAAUGUUUGGUCAACACAUUUUUUUAAAAAAUCACUAUUUGAAGAUAUUACAGCAUCAGGGCCUUGCUGGUAGGUGAUGCUUUUAUCAGAGUCAGUUUCUGUGACUAAUGACAAACUGGAUUAUCCUUUUGUACCUCUAUUUUGUUUUGUUCUUUUUAAUGUUGGCUAUCACAGCAGAUGAGUGCUUUUUUUGUUCUCAAAUAAGGGAUAUAGUAUAGGUCAGGUAAAUUCCCAACACUUUUACAGUCCAUUUCUGUGGACAGACAUGCGUUUUCAUUUACAACGUUUUAUGAUUCUUUAGAGAUGCCUCUAAAGCUUCCGGUGCUAAAGCAAACUCACAUUUUGUAGCAUAUUUUUUGACUAGGGCCCACUUUCUUUUCUUAUGUAAUGUCUUCCUUGUUUGCGACGUAAAAUGCACUCAACUGCAGUUUUGCAGGGAAAAAGCCUAUCUUACUGGAGGUAAUAAGCUGUUGUGAGUAAGUACAGGUCAAUAGUAUAACCUCAGACUGAAGGGUAAUGAGAGACCAUGGCACACAGGCCUUGGACUGUCAACUCCUGUACCUUUUUUAUUGCGCUGUGCGCAGAUGCACUAUAGGAGCUGUACGUGUCCGAGGCCCACAACACUCUAUCAUAGCAUUAUUUUGUACAAGUCCUUUUAUGUUGUGAUUGAAAGAUGUAUGAAGUGCUGUAUGUAACCAAAGCAAUGUUUUCGCUGUAUUUCCUUUAAAAUUUUUUGGGACAUCCUCUGUGUGGUCGGCAUUGUUGCCACUGCCCCUUUAACCUUGCCAGCCCGAGUGGUGAAUGGGUUAGAGUCCUUUAGGUCACUUCAAGCUGUUCAUCUGUUCAAUCAGUACUGUUAUUGCUCCUCUGUCUCGGCCUAUUCAGGACAGUGCAGCAGCUCCAACAUGCGGAAGAGGGCCAGGCUUAUGUGGGACUGUUGAGUUUCACUUUCUAAGCCACAUGACAUGGUCCUGUUGGCUGCAUGCAUUGUAAGCAAGGUAAGGCCGAGCUGAGGAAGGUUUCUGAAGUGAAGUGGCCCGAGGGACUCAAGAUGAGGCAUGAGGCUGGUGUUUAUGUUUACAAAAUAGGUCUUUGUGGUUGACCAUCACAUAAUCAACAGACACCAUCUGCCUCUUGCCUCUGCUCCUUGUUGACCCUCUUGCACUGCAAUCAGACAAAUUUUUGUUUUUUUUCUACUAAGUUACAGACCAGGAUGCUAUUGAGAUGAUGGAGGCGUUAUCGACUAUCCCUAUGGAUUCUCUAUUUUUGUGAUUCAAUCCUCUAUUGAGGCUGUCUUUGCUUUACCCUUGCAGAAUUGGAGCUGUUUAUGGCCAGCCUAAAGAUGACAAAACAAAGUAUGUGAGCUUGUUAGUGUGUUCAAGAGCCAUGUAAAUAAUGAAAUGUAUAAAGUACUUGUAGCAUAUGUACAUUCGCAGGCCAAGUUUGGGGCCUGUCUGACAAAAGUAUUUUUAGUAAUAACACUGAAUGUAUAAGACAUGCUAAGGACGUGUCUUGACUUCAAUACUGAAGAAUAUUUUUGUUAAAAAAAUCUGCCUAUAGCAUUUGUCAGUACCCCUGCACUGUUAUCUUUACAGAGAUCUUGCACAUGUUUUUUAUUGUUUUGUAUUAUGCAGUGUAGGGUGAAAGAUGCUAAAUGCAAAUAAGUAAAACUAAAACAAAAUAUCAAUUGGAUUCUUGAGGAGACUUGCUUAUGUAUGGAUUUGAGUUCUGAAUGUGCUUACAGUUUGUAAGCGUGAUGCUUUUAAUCUUGAGUUGACCUUUUUGUGCCUAAGUUUAAAUUCAUGCUGAAACUGACUAGUUUCAUUAGGUGGCAAUGCCACACUGACCAAAUGUUUACAUCAGAACCAUCUUCCUUUGUCAGCUGUUCUUCCGCCAGCUGACAACUGAACAUGACCCCAUGCUGUUUGAGUACUACCUUUUAUAUUGGUUGUUCAUGUUAACAUUUUAUUUUCUUGCCCGGAUUAAGUCAUGCAUGGCAGUCUCCUUAUUCUAAAAUGUGUAGCUUGUAAGAAUUGGCUGUUAAUUUGUCCCACUGAAAUGUCACUGAUUAUGAAAAUGCCCUGUUUUUUGUUUUUACAAUUGGUUUAAAUUGGUAUUUCUAAAAGAGAAAAGAAAAUGCACUCUGAAUUGAUGACAAAAUUUUACAACAAAAAGAAAAAAUAAAUCCCUUUCCCUCCCCCCUA